AUGGAUUCCAGCCUAGAAACGGUCGCUCAUGCCCUGCUCUACCACUGGAUCUCGAGGUGUGGAGUUCACCUGCGAAUCACAUCUGAUCGUGGAGGUCAAUUCUUCCCCGACACUUUCGAGAAGCUGUCCGAGCUACUGGGGAAUCGAAGACUGAUGACAACGCCUUACCAUUCCCAAGCGAACGGGUUGGUGGAACGCCUGCACAGACAACUGAAGGCAGCUCUCCACUGCCAUGGCAACGAGUGGUACGACGCUAUACCUGUCGUCCUGUUGGGCGUCCGCAACGCAUGGAAGGAGGACAUUCAGGCCACGCCAGCGGAACUCACCUAUGGAGAGCCACUUCGCCUCCCAGGGGAAUUCGUCGCGCCAUCAGCUGACAACGCAGCCGCACCAGACCUCGUGAAGAGGUUGCGAAGCCGUCUGCGCAAGCUAGCUCCAUCUCCAACGUUUCAGCACGGAGUGAAACCAACAUUCGUCUUCAAAAACUUGGCAACAUGCUCUCACGUCUUCGUCCGGAACGACCAAGUGCGUCGAGCGUAUGGCUCGCCUUACUCUGGCCCCUUCCGUGUGAUCAGCAGGCAUGAGAAGUUUUUCAACAUCCACUUCCGCGCUGGAGGCAUUGGGGACUACACGAGCGUGCCAAUUUCUAUCGACCGUCUGAAACCCGCGUAUGUGUUACCGGAGGACUUGGACCAAGUUCUGGGUCAAACUCCGGGUCCACAACAUCAACAGGCCGUUCGACCAGCUCAUCAGCUGAUACUCAGGGUCCUCCAAAGCCAUCAUCAGGGCGCAAGAAGAUUGCAUACCGUCUGCGGAAAGCCUAGUCCUCACUAA